AAUUAAGGAGAAAGAAAGAAUACAACCCACAUCUAACUUGACUGACCCGUUAAUUACUGAAUACUAGCCUGGCCGGCAAAGCGGAGCAAUCAAUGUCAAUAGGACAAAUACAAACCAUAAACGAUCAACUCGGUUCUCAGUCAAGUAACUUUUCUGCUGAUCCCUUUUUCCAGUCUCUUUGUGUUCCCAAUGGCAACUUUGCCAAUGGAAGUACUUACCAGGCCAACCUACACAAUAUCUUUUCCCAGAUUUCGUCUUCUUACAAUCAUGGGUUCUAUUGGAAGCUCGAGGGUACCGGAAGCUCCGGCCAGCUGGUCAACGCAAUUGGACUCUGCAGGGGAGACCAAGAGCAGGAUGCUUGCCAAAUUUGUCUUAAGGACACCAUCUCGAAGCUUCAGCAGAACUGCUCCAACUACAAAGAGGCAAUUGGGUGGUCGGAUUUCUUUAUGUUACGCUACGCAAACCGAGUGAUUGUCGAAAAGGAUCCCGAAGUCAACCCCUUCAUAAUACGACCUACUGGUAAGACAACGAGCGAUAAUCAGUUCAAUCAGGCAGUGAAUUCCUUGUUGUCUAACUUAACCAGCCGAGUGGCUGCCGGUGUUAUAGAUUCUACUCUCAAUUAUGCAGCGGAUAACUACGGUUCGGGAAUUUACGCACUCGUGCAGUGCACUCCCGAUCUGUCCUCGGAACAAUGUAGCAGUUGUCUCGAGACAGCCAUAGGGAAGAUGCCUGGAACCACAGGCUGCAAAGGAAUGACCGGAUGCAGAGUUCUGCUACCAAGCUGUAACUUGAGAUAUGAUACUUCCCCCUUCAUUGGAACCACACCCGAUAAUAAUUCCCAACCACCACUGCCGCCGUAUCCAUCUCCUCCAGGGAAAGGGAAAGGUAAAGCACACGAUGUUCCUCAGCCAUCACCGUAUUCGUCUUCACCUCCUCCUCCUUCACCGAAACGUAAAGCAGACUAUGUUCCUCAGCCAUCACCAUGGCCGUCUUCACCUCCUCCAGAGAAAGAUGUUCCUCCGUCGUUUACUCCUCCAGCAAAAGCUAUAGAUGAAAUGAUUAAGGCAGAGUCUUUGCAAUAUGACUUUGCUACUGUGCGAGCUGCUACCAAUAACUUCAGUGACAAAAAUAAGCUUGGACAAGGUGGUUUUGGAGCUGUUUAUAAGGGUCAACUUUCAAAGGGACAAGUUGUAGCUGUGAAAAGGCUAUCUAAUGAUUCUAGACAGGGAGAGUCAGAGUUUAAAAACGAGAUUCUCUUACUGGCCAAGCUUCAACACCGCAAUUUGGUCAAACUCCUAGGUUUUUGCUUGGAAGAAAAUGAAAGACUUCUCAUUUUUGAAUUUAUGCCAAACGGGGGUCUUGAUCGUUUCAUAUUUGACCCUAUCAAACGUGCACAGUUGAAUUGGGAAGGACGUUACAAAAUCAUAGAAGGGAUUGCUCGAGGACUUCUCUAUCUUCAUGAAGACUCUUGCCUCAAAGUUAUUCAUCGAGAUUUAAAAGCAAGUAAUAUUUUGUUAGAUGGAGAUAUGAAUCCUAAAAUUGCAGAUUUUGGUUUAGCAAGAUUGUUUGUGGUUGGUGAGGCUCAUGAUACUACAAGUAAAAUUGCAGGGACAUAUGGAUAUAUGGCUCCAGAAUAUGUCACACAUGGACGAUUCUCAAUUAAAACAGAUGUUUUCAGUUUUGGUGUUAUGAUUUUGGAGAUUGUGAGUGGUCAAAAGAAUAACUCUAUUGGUCAUGAAGAUGACACAUUAAAUCUUAUAAGCAUUGUGUGGAGGAAUUGGACAGAAGGGACACCAUUAAAUAUUGUAGAUCCCAAUUUGCAGGAGGAUUCAACAUCUCAAAUAACGAGAUGUAUCCAUAUUGGAUUACUAUGUGUGCAAGAAAAGUUGCUGCAAAGGCCGACCAUGGGUUUAGUUGUUGCCAUGCUUGGUGGCUACCCUGUGAGUCUCCCGGUGCCCUCACGCCCAGCAUUUUUGUUCAUACACAGUGCCACACAAUCAAACAUGUCAUCUUUUCAAGAUCCUAUCACUGGCACACUAGAGUCAAAUCAAUCCAAUAAUGGAAUGGAUUUGGCUUCAACAAAUCAAGUUACAAUUUCCGAGCUACAUCCAAGAUAGCUUGAUGAUCAGUACAACUGUAGUUUAUGAGUUAUGGUAUUGGUCAUUAACAAUUUAGUCUUGCUUCCUUUCUAUUUUUGGAACAAGAUGUUAUAAUUUCCAAGUGGUUUCAAUUUCUAGUGUAGAAAGGCACUUGGUCAAUCUUGUCAACAGAGAAAAGAAUAAAGUAACUGAUGUUUU